CUAAGACACUUUUUAUGCAUAUUAAGAAAAGUUGGCAGUGUGAUUAUGUAUAGACUAUUACUAAAUUACUCUGCGUAUAGAUGCAUUCAAUGCUAACUUUUCAUAUUCCAAGACAAUUUAGUAAUAUUAAUAAAGGAUAUAUUUGGAAAAAUAGUAGUAAAUGUAUCUAGAAAUUUGUCAAGGGUCUUAUAAUUAGGGACAAAGAAAUGUACCAGAGGGUACUUUUUUCAUAUUUGAAACAAGAUGGAGUAAUUGUAAUUGUAAUUGUCUUUGUUUGAAAAAGGCAUCCAAAAAGUUAAAUCAAACUCCUAUUGUUCCAUGCAGAAUGGGAAUAUGCAAGACACCAUUAGAAUUAACAUCUUCUCUAUUAAUUGGAAGUGAUGUCUUUCCUCAUUUCAUUGUGAAGACUCUUCUCUAUCCAGGAGCAUUUGCAAAGGCUAUUUUCACUCAGAAAACCAUCCCAAGUUAUAGAAAUUUGUUAAAUUUGUAUGAUUUCAAUUCAAGGACGAUCUCCGCUGCUUCAGAACUUCAACGCCUAGAGGUUCUUGCAGGAAGCUACUUGUGUGUAGGAGGAGCAAUCUUGGGUCUGAUGAAACCGGGAAGAAUCACACUUUUCGGAAUACUUCUUGUUAUCUGGGGUCUGAUCAGAAUACUCGUGUUGGGAAAAUCUGGUUUCAGUCAUGCAAAUGGUGUCCGAAUCUAUCCAACCAUUUUUAUUGCUCUUGUCUCAGCAUUCUUUUCGAUUAGAAAGGAUGUUAGAAAGAUAAUCCAUACGUUUAAUCUAAAGCAUGUUGGUAAGGCAAAACAUUUCUAAACGAAUUGAGACUUGCAUAUGCAUCCAUGAUGUAACAUGCUUGGAUGCUUGAAUCUGACAUGACAGAUAGGUAACUUGGUAGGAAUACUAUUGCUUACUGUUCAAGGCAAUUUCAAACACAGGCAUACCAGAUUUCUUAAUUUUAGGCUAGCCAUUGGAGAAUUUGCAGCAUGUAAUUUUUUAAUUUUGACAUUAUUUGUGAAUGAGAUGAAUUGAUAGACACUAUACAUAGGACCUGAUUUAACAGGACAGGAUGUUUAGGAAGUUUAUAAUGCAGCUUAGUGUGUGCACUUUUUGUUCUUUCAUUGCAUUUUUGUUAAAUAUAUACAAAAGAAACGCGAUUUGCAAAA